CCCUCACCAGCCGCCCCCCCCCCCUAUUCCAGAGGAACAACGCCUGCUCUUCUCCUCGAGGAGGCGGGAAGGACGGCGACGUCUGACAGCCCACCGGAGACGCGUGUCGCGGGCUGACGGGAGGAGGAGAAGCCAUUGGUGGGGAGGACGGGAGAGGAGAAGCUUUAAAAACGAGACGCCGGACAGCGGGCGGUCAUUGGAUCUGGAGGGGGGCGAGACUCCACAACACACCCGGGUUUAGAUGGACGGGGUUUCUGGUGGAGACGAGACGUGUCGAGGCUGGCUGUCCUACACAAUGAAAUGAAAUGCAUCGAAAGGUACAUGAGUUUCGGGAAGAAGACAGAGGGGAAUGAGAACAACAAUUUCAUUGGGCAUACUUUCCACUCGCUGAAGAAAUAGAUGAUAAACGCCGGGGAAGACAAACUUUUCUGGGAAGCCUACAGAAUCUCCUACAUCCAGUCCUGCAUCCUGUUAUUCCACGAUCGCAUUGGUUUUCCAACAGUCCUUCGCUGAAUACGCUUUGUGAGCGCAAAUCGUCUCCAUUUGGAGACAUCAGCAGGAGAUAUUCCUGCAGGAGUAGGCGCUGCGGGAAAGGACGGGGCUCAGUCCACUGGUGUACUACCCAUUCGGGCUAUUGCAAGAAGCUUCGGAAUAGUGAACACCGAUGGGAAUGGACGUGAGCGUUGAAAGCUGAAAGACAUUCAACAAAAGCAGGGGAAGUCUUUCUGCAGCCUUUUCCGAAUACCAGGUUUGCCUAGGUCUUAAUUUAUUUUGCAAAAUAAGGGUUGUGAAGUUGUUCAUUCUGAAUGCUGCAAACCUUGUGAAAUAUCCGAUGUAUGAUAGACUAUUAUUCAAUUAUGGAUAAGAGCUGAUCUAAACGCCAUUUUUAAACAAAUAUCUGCCUAUGUUUGAUUAUAAUUGCAUCACAUGGCACAUCGAGUCGAAGGAAAUCAAAGAAUACUGAUUGCCAAAAGAAUUGCGGCAGUAACAAAGCUGACAUAACCCUUUAAUCCAGCAAAUGUCAUAUUCACGUGUAGUAGCUGUCAUUUUCCUAGUGUGUUGCCAAUAAUUGGGACGAAGCUCCAACAGUGGAGGUCUGAGUUUAAACUGAAGCAGACAAGUAGGCCAGUGGGUGAACCAACAGACUCAAGUGCGUCAAAACAGUCGGAGUAAAUGGAAUGCAUGGAUGGACCACCCAGGAAAUACAUUUUUGCAUUUAGACUAGUUUAGACUAGUUUGGCUGUGGUCCUGGCAAUCAUACCUUUAAAACCACACCGUGUGGCCUAGUAUCCUGUGGAUCCCUAGAUUGCCUUUGUACUCUUCGCCUUGCCCCCUCACAUCUCCGGUUGCACCUUUCCGCAUAGUGUGGAUCUUCGAUUCUAGCAAACAAACCAACCGAAUUGCAACAAUGGCGUCCCCCCAACAUCAGCAACUGAUCCCCCACAACACAGAGGCUAGCUGUGACUCCAGCGGGGAAGGCAGCGUCUCCGUGAGGAUCAGCAGCAGUGGGAAACACAAGCAUGGAGCCGGGCCCCUGGGGGCCAUAGGAGGCGGCUUCAUAGGGGGGUCCAAGCACUGCAAGUACAGCAUCUCGUCCAGCUGCAGCUCGGGGGAAUCCGGGGCCAAGAGAGCCGCGGUCAAGAACUUCCGCUCCCACAGGAACAUUCCCCAGCUCUUCGAGAGGUCCGCCGGCCACUUCUGGGACCCCAAGUUCGACUCGUCCAUCCUGGAGGAGGCGUGCCGCGAGAGGUGCUUCCCCCAGACGCGCCGUCGCUUCCGCUACGUGCUCUUCUACCUGGCGGCGGCCAGUGUCCUCUGGGGGCUGUACUUUGCCAUCAACCCUUCCCGCUGCGACCGGAAGGCCUUCCUCCUGCCCGCCGCGGCCUUCCUCCUCUUCUGCCUUCUCCUCUUCCUGUUGACCUUCACUCGGUUCUACGGCCGCUUCUACAACCAGGUGUCCCUGCUGCUCAUCCUGGCCACCUUCUCCCUCACGCUGGCUCCCCAGAUCCGUACGUCGGGCUUCCGGGACUUUGAGCCUUCGCCCGUGGAGUUGGACGAGGGAGUCUUCAGCGGCAUGGGGGCUGAGUAUUAUAACGUCUCCCUCGGGAAGAACGCAUCGCAGUGCUCGUCAGCCCCGUGCAUCUCGCCCGUGGGGACCUUCUCCCUGUGCAUGGAGGUGCUGCUGUUGCUGUACAGCGUUCUCCACAUCCGCCUCUACGCCUCGGUCCUGCUCGGGCUGCUCUACUCGCUCGUCUUCGAGGGUCUGGGGUGGCUGUACCUAACCGGAUUGACGGAGGACCCCGGCUCGGCCUCGCAGGCGGACUGGGACACGCUCCGCUGGCUGGGCCCGGCCAAGGCCCUCCUCCACCUGUGCGCCCACGCCAUCGGCAUCCACCUCUUCAUCAUGUCGGAGGUGCGCUCGCGGAGCACCUUCCUCAAGGUGGGCCAGGCCAUCAUGCACGGGAAGGACCUGGAGGUGGAGAAGGCGCUGAAGGAGCGCAUGAUCCACUCGGUGAUGCCGAGGAUCGUCGCCGACGACCUCAUGAAGCAGGGCGACGACGAGCUGGGCGACGGCUCGGUGAAGCGCUACUCCAGCAGCGGGGCCGCCGCCGCCAUCUCCAGCCCGAAGAGCAACAAGCGCAAGAAGACCUCCAUCCCCCGGGGGCACAUCAUCUUCAGACCCUUCAACAUGAAGCGCAUGGAGCCCGUCAGCAUCCUCUUCGCCGACAUCGUGGGCUUCACCAAGAUGUCGGCCAACAAGUCGGCGCACGCGCUGGUGGGCCUCCUGAACGACCUGUUUGGACGCUUCGACCGGCUCUGCGAGCUGACGUGCUGCGAGAAGAUCAGCACGCUGGGCGACUGCUACUACUGCGUGGCGGGCUGCCCGGAGCCGCGGCCGGAGCACGCCUACUGCUGCGUGGAGAUGGGCCUGGGCAUGAUCCAGGCCAUCGAGCAGUUCUGCCAGGAGAAGAAGGAGAUGGUGAACAUGCGCGUGGGCGUCCACACCGGCACCGUGCUGUGCGGGAUCCUGGGGAUGAAGCGGUUCAAGUUCGACGUGUGGUCCAACGACGUGAACCUCGCCAACCUGAUGGAGCAGCUGGGCGUGGCCGGGAAGGUGCACCUGUCGGAGGCCACCGCCAACUUCCUGGACGACCGCUACCUGCGCGAGGACGGCCGGGUGGUGGAGCGAGUGGGGCAGAGUGUCGUGUCGGACCAGCUCAAAGGUGGGUGCUGCUCAAUCCUCAGCUUAACGGAAUGAUGGAAUAGAACUCAUGAUAUGAUCUCAUGAGUAUAACGUAUAUAUGUUUCAUCUGUUGUAUUAUGUCUUUGACUUUCACAUUCGAUGAUUGCCAUUUCUGCAUGGCCUUUCCCUUCCCCUCUUCCACUGACUAAGUUCAAUUACGCGGUGUCCCAGACACCCCCCCCCCCCCCCCCCCCCCGGGGCAUGCUCUGCUAACCUUGUUGGGAGCUCCAAGGAUUGCUUCGCCGCGUUGUCAUGCUGCUAUUCUCUCCAGAUUUGCCUUAUCGUGUGUCUGGCUCCUCCGAUCCCCCUGGGCCUAUCGGUUACCCAGUGGUGGAAACCUUUUGGUUGCGUGAUUAAAGGCAGAAAUCAUCCCAACGAACAAAGAGGCUUUUAAUCGGGCUUUUCAUCAUUCAAGGCCUGUCAGCCUAUUGUCGGCUUUUGAACGAGGUCACAGCAACUAAUAUCCUUGAGGAUCGCGGCAGUGCAAUUCAGCUUUGGUGUGUGUGUGUGUGUGUGUGUGUGUGUGUGUGUGUGUGUGUGUGUGUGUGUGUGUGUGUGUGUGUGUGUGUGUGUGUGUGUGUGUGUGUGUGUGUGUGUGUGUGUGUGUGUGUGUGUGAGGCUGCUGUUCCAUUCAUGAAGCUGUGUGAGUAUGCUGUUCAUGUUCAGCAUAGUAAGUGUGGCAGGUAGGAUCCCAGUCUUGUCAAAAUAUGUAUUCGUAGUUAUUAACACUCUCUUUAUGGCUGGGAAAUGGUUUCUGUUCUCCCUAGUGCUGGUGUCUCUGACCCUCUGGCGUGUUUGCAAUCAUUUGUUGUUAUUCUCUUCACAUUGUCCUUCCCUCGUCCCUGUUUCCUCUGGCCUGCUCUUCCUUCCUUCCCUCCCUUCCUGCGCAUCUCCGGCGACAGCUCUAUAAUUUACAGUUCUCCCUCUCUCUCUUUCUCUCGCCAAGGCCUCACACCUCCUUCCUCUCCCUCUGUCUCUCCAACCGUGACAUUUAUCGCCGCCCGACACAAAGCGGCAAUACAGCGCAUAAUAUCUGUGACAUCUCAAUGACCGUCUCUAAAGUCGACCAGACCCACUCAGCCGUUGGCGUUAACACACCGUUGUCUGUGUGUGCGUGUGCGCGCGUGUGUGUGUGUGUGUGUUUACAACGUGCUGCCUGUCAAACUGUCUGCCGCUGCUGUCUGCUUGGAUUUACAUUACUUUGGCUGAGGCCGCUGCGAGGAGAUAAACUAUUUAAGGGCGACGGUAAAAAGGUUGUUUUCUCUGAUGCUCGGCUAACCAAAGGGAUUGAUUUGAGGGGGUCUAGGAUUCCACCUUAUCACUAAGAGAUUGAUGAUGGGGUCUUUAACGGCUACAGUAUGCUGCUCUUCCCUUUCUUUGCACAUCCUUCAUUGUGUAUUGAGCACACCUCUGAGAUAUCUUUUAUUUUGAGGUUUUUGUGCCAGCGAGAGAACAGGCUCAGACGGACUAUGGGAUUGUGGCGGGGGAACCGGCCUUUGUUGUGUUUUCUCCGCCUGUGUGAACCUCGGGGGCAGGUCUGCAGGGCUUUAUGGAUUCUGCCAGCGUUCCGUCCCUUGGAUUCCUGGCUCUCAUCUCAAUCGUUCUGACCCAGCUAUCCGGUCGCUGGGCACUCGCCAUCUGCUUUUCAUGUUUCUUUCAGAGCCGUUCAGGUCGUCGUACUGCCACUCGUCUCACGAAUCAGACUUUAUAUCAAUAAUGUGAAGUCUGAUGGCAAGCUCGAACCUGUAUGAACUCUUUCAUUCACUUCGUAUUCGACCAAUCGCAGUGCUAGAAGCACGGAUCCAUCAGCGCGUAAUUGGCUGUUAAAGCUGUGGUGGUCAAUUAGGAGAAACCAGCCAAAGUCAUCUAGAUAUUGAAAGUAUUCCACUAAACUUCCUCCUCUUUCUUCAAGACUACCUCAAAAGCCUCACCCCCAAAGCAUGUGACUAGCUCGCUAGCUAUAGCAACAGGGCUGCCUCGCUCUGUGGAGGACUCAGGCCAUGCGCCUGUCUAUCCGCGUACCUGAGUAGGUACGCGGAGAGACAGGUUGUCCAUCCAAGCAUUUCAUUUGGGCUUAUUGAAAUCAUUCGAAAGACUUCAAGGUCUGCAGCAGCCAUAGGUCCUUGAUGUUAAUCAGUAUUUUUGUCAGAGAUUUUAAUUGAUUGAUUGCUGUCAGAUGAAAAGAGAGUUUCAAUAUUUUUUCCUAAUAUAAAUUCUCUACCCUAGCUUGAACACUUACACUGUAGAAAUACAAUAUUCCUGUCAGAGCAUUUGAUAUAUCGAUUGCUGUUGGAUGCGAAGAGAAUUUCAACAAAUACGACAGAAAAAAGAGUCUAAGACAGAUUCUCUGCCCUAGCUUAAACACUGCAAAUGUAGAAACACACUCAUUAAAACCCCAUUUUGGUGUGUGUGUGUGUGUGUGUGUGUGUGUGUGUGUGUGUGUGUGUGUGUGUGUGUGUGUGUCUCAUUGUGUGUGUGUGUGUGUCUCUCAUUGUGUGUGUGUGUGUGUGUCUCUCAUUGUGUGUGUGUGUGUGUGUCUCUCAUUGUGUGUGUGUGUGUGUGUCUCAUUGUGUGUGUGUGUGUCUCAGUUUGUGUGUUUGUGUGUGUGUGUGUGUGUCUCUGUGUAUGUGUGUGUGUGUGUGUGUGUGUGUGUGUGUGUGUGUGUGUGAGACACUAGAGGAGCUAUAUCUGGCCUUGUUCCGCUGCGAGGCUCGUGGCCGUGUGCUAGCGGUGUGGCUAAUGCGGAGUGAUGGCACCUGUAGGAGAUAGUCCCAACCACGGUUAUCCCCCUGGAGACGGCCGAGUCACUGCCCGGCCCCCCCCCAGGAGUCUCCCUCCACCACACCGGCUGCUAGAACACAAGAAUAUGAAUAGUAUUAUUAAAAUACUAUAAUACUUAUUCGUGGGGAGAAUACUUGCAGAGGACUGCUGACAUGGUGUCAUUAAUGUAGAAUUAUUGCAAUAGGGCAAUAACGCAAUGGCAGCCUCCUUUUUGGAACGAGGAGCAUUUGAGCGUUUUAUCGUGGUUUUAUGGUCAUUGUUUGUUAAUCAAUCGUGAUAUGAUUCGUUUGAAACUGCCUCGCCGUUUCUCAUGCGGCACAGAGCAAAACCGUUUCCAUUAGCCUAGGGUGCGGUAUAUUUGAGUUAAUUUAGGAUUUUACACCACAAUCUCCCUCUUGAGUCCACCCAAUGUGGCGGAGCAUCGCGGACAUAAAAUCCAUGAUCCAUUCUGAUGCACAAGCCCCAUUGAUAAAAAAAGAGGACUGUAGCGGUUUAUCUGGUCUGGGAACGUUUUCACCGCAAGACGCAUUGCAGUUUCUCAACUUCGAGACUAUUCCCGUGGAGAUAAGAGCCUGAUCUGAUGGGCUCACCGCACGAGACCAGAGAGGGUUCCGGAAGCUCAGAUGAACUGUGCUUAAAGCGCAAACGUGUGAUGGGGCAUGACUGCAUAAGCGGUACGGGUGAGAUCAAUGACCCGAUGGAUGUGAAUAUCAAGGAUGUAUGAUUUAAAAAAUGUGUUGAUUUGUUGUAUCAGUGGAUCAGGGGUGAAUCACGAGGACAGGGGUGAUCCACAGGGGUAGACCACCUCAAACCCAUUUGUUCGCUUCGGGUCAAAUGGGGUCACUGGUGAACUAUCCCGAAGGUCUCCUUUAAGUGGGACCUUUAUCAACUUCACUGCUUUCUUGCUGAGCGCAGCUUUGUUCUUUGGUGUGUGGGAGAGCAGCCCCCCCCCCACCCCACCACCGCCGCACCGACCACCUCCGCCACCACACUCCCAUCAGUGCCAAGCCAACUGGAGAUUUCUAAUUAACCAUUACUGCUGGGAUCCUGCAGGUUUGAGGGAUUUAUCUUAGUCAUUUUCCAUCUUCUUUUUCUCUCGCUCUCUCUCACCUGCGCGUGUGUGUUUUCCUUCUAAGUGAAGAGGAUAUUGAUUGCCUGUCAUGAGACGGCUAUCACGGUCAUGUCCUCCGUGACGAGUGGGGUAAAGUAUUUUCCUCAGUGGUUGGUUCUUACCAAAGUGAGGGCUGGAGGGUAUGUGCAGGUUUUUUCGUUCUCUACUUAACGAAAAAACAUAAAGGCUAAUUAUAGCGGCACUAUCAUUUGUGCAAACUGUGGUUUGCACAAAUGAUAACGGCAGUGAGCGUGCAUUCUCCACACACAACACCCCUAUGGGAAGAGGCUUCAGACUAGGCAAUGAGACCGCUUAAUGAAAGAGAAGAUCUAUUCUGCGCCCCGGAACCAGCCUUUGGCUCUUUCCUUCCCAUUGUUUCUGGUUUAAUGGGCUUUCACAAGAGCAACGUGCUGGUGUGUCCCUGCCUUGAGACCAGGGUGUUUCAACCUGUGGUUCGCGUACCACAGGUGAAGAAACGAGGGUGAGCUGAAUCGCGAUUAAACGAUUGGAAUGCAGCCCUUGAGUACUCCGGUUGCAAGCCCUCUCGAUGAUAAUUACUGUUGGUACGAUCUGUAAUGGAGACCCAUAAUUAGCUAGCCUCUGGUUUGAACUGCACAACAUAUUUUCAAUAUUUGUUACGUGCCUUCUUUGGCGGUUCUGUAUUUUGUAUUAUUAGAAAUCCCUCAUGAGAAGUUUCCUUAUUAUGUUCCAUUAUUGUUAAUUCGUUAUGCUAUAUUAUGCAACACUGCCGUUGGCCUGCAUAGUAUCACUUUAAUGUAGACUUGCACAGUCAGGAAAAAAAGGAAACUCUUUGUCGUGAUUCAAACUUCUUUUACUUGUUGUCAUUGUCGGUUACACAGAUGAGUGGUGAUACGGCAAAUGUGAAGAAAGCAUUUUCUCCACCCUGAAUCAUCUGCUCACCCAGUGAAGCAAUCUCCUUCGUCUGUCAUCUUCACUUUCACUUCAUCGGUACCACAGCCAUACACACAUAAUGAAACGAUGUUUAUCUCUAUAUAUAUAAUGCAGCCGUGCUUCUUAUACCUGAGGUUUGUGUGUGUGUGUGUGUGUGUGUGUGUGUGUGGGAGACUGUGCUUGUGUGGGAGUGUGUAGUGUUGUGUUGUUGUUAAGGCCCAGGGCUUGUUCCGUAUGAAAUCAGCAACGGCACAGUAUCCUGCGUGUGAAGACACCGCAUGUGAAACAGGCUCACAGCAGCAGUCACAGCGAAUGAGGCGAGCAGCAGCCGAGGGCUGGAAGGGCUGGAUGUGAGGCGCGGUCUUGUCGAGUCUUGAUCAGAUCAGAGGUCAGAGGUCACCCAGCCAGGUGUGAUUGAGGAACAACAGGGCGCAAAUGAGCCAGGAGGUGGAUUCAGCUAUAUCUGUUAUUUUGUGAAGAUUGUUUGUAACACACACACACACACACACACACACACACACACACACACACACACACACACACACACACACACACACACACACACACACACAUCAGCUGUUCAUCUUGUUCUCACACAACCGUUGUACUCACACUGACACACUGGUGUAGUUCUGCCUGGAAGCAGCCAUCCUAGAAAGCACCCCUCAUGGGUGUGUUAGCUGAUAUCAUUAUAAUGAGGGCCGCAAGGGUUUUGGGUGAGACAUCAUGACUGCAUGAUGGGGCAAAAACGUGUAAGACCUUGAUGUAUUCUUUCAUACAUGUGGUCG